CCUGCAAGGUACAGUCCCAGCAGACACAUUAUCAGAUUAGGGGAAGGCAAACAAACGGAAUUGAAACCAUUCUUCAGCGAGUCCGACCUCUUCUUCCUGUGAUGUCACGCUACAAAUCGUCCCAGCUCUUUCCUCUCCUCUGCAGAAGGAGCCGGGCUGGCGAGCGGCUGCCGUGCUCUGCAGGAACAAACACGCUCUGGAAUUUCGUGUCUGCCCUGGCAAACAGCUCUCUUCCCGCCCCACGGGGCGAGCCAGCCCAAAAAGAGCUCUCCCAAGAGCUGAAAAGCUCGUUUUACAGAAAGCAAGCUGGGAGAGAAAUGCAAGUGCCGACACUUCGAGGCGUCCGGGAACUCGUUUUCUAAAGCACGCGUUCCCAGCAAAUUUGGAUGGACAUGACUUCACCGUCACGAUCUGCAGCGAAGAACAAGGCGAAAAGUUCUUACAACGGCUGCGUCGAAUUGGGGGGGAAAAUGGAACUGAGCAAGCUUCAGGAUGACCUCAUCUGCCACAAAUAUGUUUUUUGAUUCUCAAAGCCUGGCGAUGUGAUUACAAACAGCACUUGGAAGAGAAGAGUGACCUGGUGAUCACCGCUGGAGAUGGACUCCCCUGCUACAGAGCUUGUGUGUCUUCUCUGAAGCUUUGCGGUGUCACAAACUUAGCAAAGCACACAGUUCAAAUACAUCUGCAAGUUCUUCUGGGAUUUAAAACAAAGUUGCAAUAAAAAUACCAGGGAAACCUCCAAAUCACAGGAAUUUUAAAUAUACCAUUAUAAUGGUAAGCUCUAAUUGUUCCACAGAGGACUCCUUUAAAUAUACUUUAUAUGGGUGUAUCUUUAGUAUGGUUUUUGUUCUUGGCCUCAUAGCAAACUGCGUUGCUAUCUACAUUUUUACUUGCACAUUGAAAGUGCAAAAUGAGACUACAACUUACAUGCUUAAUUUAGCAAUAUCGGAUCUGCUUUUUGUGUUUACAUUACCCUUCAGGAUUUAUUACUUUGUGGCAAGAAACUGGCCAUUUGGAGACAUUCUUUGCAAGAUUUCUGUCACCCUCUUUUACACAAAUAUGUACGGGAGCAUUUUAUUUCUGACUUGCAUAAGCGUAGAUCGCUUUUUAGCUAUAGUGCACCCCUUUCGAUCUAAGACUCUCCGAACCAAAAGGAACGCAAAAAUUGUCUGUGCUGCAGUAUGGAUAACCGUGCUAGCAGGCAGCACACCAGCCAGCUUUUUCCAGUCUACAAACCGCCGUAAUAAUACCGAACAGAGAACCUGUUUUGAAAACUUUUCGGAGGACACAUGGAAAACCUACCUAUCCCGGAUUGUUAUCUUCAUUGAAACAGUCGGGUUCUUCAUUCCACUCAUCUUGAACGUGACCUGCUCUACUAUGGUCUUACGGACCUUGAAUAAACCACUUACAUUAAGUCGGAAUAAGUUAAGCAAGAAAAAGGUACUCAAAAUGAUUUUUGUCCAUUUAGUGAUAUUCUGCUUCUGCUUUGUGCCUUAUAAUGUUACCUUAAUACUUUACUCUCUUAUGAGAACACAGACCUGGAUCAAUUGUUCGGUGGUCACUGCAGUCAGGACUAUGUACCCUGUCACUCUGUGCAUCGCCGUUUCAAACUGCUGUUUUGACCCUAUAGUCUAUUACUUUACAUCGGAUACAAUUCAAAAUUCGAUAAAAAAGAACCGGUCCACUAGAACGCGGGAUGUCAGAUUCUCCGAAAGACCAGUUUCGGAAAACUUCAUUCAGCACAGCCUUCAGACCAUAAAAAUGAAAAUAUCUGACAGUGACUCCACAAUAUGAACUGUAUUACAAGACUGCUGGGACUAAGCUGGAAUUAGAAGCCUGCACAUUUCUUCAGCUGUGAAAAUACAUGCUAAUAUGUAAAUGUUACACUUCCUUCACAUCAGAAAAGUUUAUUUUAAGACUGUAAAAGUGUUAAGCAUAAUAGUACACAGAAAAAGUAUUUUAAGAAUUCAUGUCAAAUGUCUGUUCUGACAGAUUGUAUGUUAGAAAUGUGCUUUUGGUUUCGGAUUAGGUUAACCAAAGUCCGAAGACUGACUGUCAAGUCAGAAAUAAAUGAAACAGUAGGCAGGGUAUUUUCU